AUGUACUGUCAAGACAAGGGAUCAGCAACAUCUAAGGGUAAAGAGGGUGGUACCGUGACAAUGAGAGACAAAAAAAAUGGUGCACUUAGCAGAGUACAGAAGUUAAAAAAACGGCUGAGCCACAGUUUUGGUCGAUUGUCAAUAUCAAAAGAAGAGGCAGAAGACGUAGCCAAUAGAGGGCCACUUCCGUACAAUGGAUUCUCGGAAGAAUUUUUGGAUCGUUUGGAGCGAAAUGGUAAUGUUUCUGGCGACAAAGAUCGCCGUUACGCAAAAUCAAUUACUUCAACAUCUAUAUCACAUGUCUCAGAAUGGUCAGGCGUUGGCGAUCAUGAAAGAGUUCAUCGGCAGCUAUCAGUAUCCAGUGAUUCAAAACUACUUGAUGAGGAUAUACGAGAAGAAGCAAGAGUUAUUCUGAGACCACGUCGACCACCUCGACCUAAGUCUGAAGUAUUUUUGGGACCCGAUCCUGGGCCAAGACGAACUAAGAGAUUUUCUGCAUUUGGAGGAGACUCGCCUUUUGGUAAAUCCGAAGGGUACAUAAAGCUGGAACAGUUGGGUGAGGGUUCCUACGCGACGGUAUUCAAAGGAUACAGUCACCUCGCAGAGCAAGUAGUCGCGUUGAAGGAGAUUCGACUCCAAGAGGAAGAAGGAGCACCGUUUACUGCCAUCCGCGAAGCAAGCUUACUAAAAGAGCUUAAACACAGCAAUAUAGUUACGUUACACGACAUUAUUCAUACUCGAGAAACACUUACUUUUGUGUUUGAGUACGUUCACACUGAUCUCUCUCAGUAUAUGGCCAAGUACGGCAGCGGUGGCUUAGAUCCUCGAAAUGUCAGGCUCUUUCUCUUCCAGCUUUUACGCGGAUUGGCUUAUUGUCAUCGCAGGUGA